AUGGACGCUUACUCAGUCUCUUACACCAGCCCUGCCAACCGGAGUACAUCUCGCAUUUACCAGGAUUUAGAGUCCUGCCGAGCCCAAAGCCUUUUUGGGUCCGGACAAGACAAGCUGUUGCUUAGAUCGCUGACCAUGGACUCACUUCUGCGGCGCAAACAAUCAGAGUCGGGCCCAAAACCCCAUAUUGCUGUCGUCGGUGCUGGCCUCGCCGGUCUGCGCUGCGCUGAUAUCUUGAUUCAACAUGGCCUGCUGGUGACCAUUAUUGAGGGCCGAGAGCGACUUGGAGGGCGUAUGUUCCAGGAAACACUACCCAACGGCCACACUGUAGACCUCGGUCCGAAUUGGAUCCACGGCACAGACGACAACCCCAUCAAUGACUUGGCCAAAGAGACUGGAACGGCCGUGGGAAGCUGGGAUCACCGGUCGUAUGUGUUUGAUGAUUCAGGAAACUUAUUUAAACUGGACGAGAGCGAGAUCUAUUCGAGUUUGAUGUGGGACAUUGUCCAGGACGCCUUCCAACACUCUAACAAGAACACGGCUACUAUACAUCCUGAUGAGAGUCUCUGGGACUUCUUCCAGGAAAGAGUGAUUGAGAAAAUUCCCGAUACCGAGGAGAACUUUGCUGAAAAGCGAAAAACCGUUCUCCAGAUUGCAGAGCUCUGGGGUGCUUUUUCCGGCAGUCCAAUCACAACCCAAAGUCUGAAGUUCUUUUGGCUUGAGGAAUGCAUAGACGGAGAAAACUUGUUCUGCGCUGGUACAUACGAAAAAAUCUUUGAGAGAGUUGCAGAGCCCGUCAGGCACAAUGCCGAUGUCAAGUACGAUACUAUCGUUACCAAGGUAGAGCUCAAAACCGAGGAGCGGCCGAAACCGAGGGUUCACACCAACACGGGCGAGAUUUUGGAGUUUGACGACGUCGUCAUGACGACACCCUUGGGCUGGCUGAAGAAGAACCUUCAAGCAUUCGAACCACCGCUCCCUAAGAGAGUCGAGCGUGGAAUCCAAGCCAUCGGAUAUGGAUGCCUGGAGAAGGUAUACAUCAGCUUCCCCAAAGCGUUUUGGCUCGAGCCCGACGCAGAGGGCCGCGUGGUGCAGGGCUUCUGCCAAUGGCUUGCGCCGACAUAUGCUCAAGAGACGAACCCAAAGAGAUGGAACCAGGAAAUUGUUGAUCUUGCCUCGAUGGGCGAGAACUCGCACCCGACGCUCCUGUUCUACAUUUUCGGAGACGAGUCCAAGUACAUUACCGAAGGCGUGUCGAGGUUGAAGACGAUACCGGAAAGAAACUAUUUCUUGUACGACUUUUUCAAGCCUUACUACUCCCGUCUGCCACAUUACGACGAGAAUUCGCCCGACUGCAAGCCGACGGGGAGUCUGUCGACAGACUGGCUGCGAGACGAUUUGGCGGGCAACGGCAGCUACAGCAACUUCCCAACCGGAUUGUUGGAGGGCGACAAGGACAUUGAGGCGAUGCGGGAAGGCGUACCGGAAGGCGGUCUGUGGCUGGCGGGCGAACACACGGCGCCGUUCGUGGCGCUAGGGACGGCGACGGGAGCUUACUGGAGCGGUGAGAGUGUCGGCCGAAGGGUUGCCGAGGCCCAUGGGCGGGCGAGCAGCAAAACUCUGGAAGAGGAACAGUAA